CUUCCCUGGAGGGUCGAUGUUCCAGGCGUCGAAGUCGGGGCGCCAGAUGGCGCCCUGCAGUGGCCGCACUUCCAUGUGGAUGGGAACGUUUUCCCGACCUGGAACGGUGCCAAUUGUUUCAUCCAAUGCGGCAAUCAAGUUUGCGUUGUUCUGGACCAGCAUAACAUCAUGGAUUGGGCAAUUGGAGGCAUCGACAUGUCCAUGGGCAAGUACGCAGGCAUUGACUGCAUCCAGUAUGUGGACUUAACCUGGAGACGUGUGGAAACCUGCCUGAUCCUGAUCGCCUGCCUCUACUUGUUCCUCUGGAGCUUUCCGCAGUGCGCUCUGCCCUCAGGGCCGCCUUCCCUCCGAGACAGAGCCGGCCGCAGAUGGCUGCUGGCCCUCCUUUGCCUCUGCUGGGGCAUGGAGAUCGGGUUCAAGUGCGCCUCCAGAACCGGGAUCUACCUCCUGAACCCCUGCCACAUCACCACAGCCAUCCAGAUCUACCUGCUAAGCGCCCCGCCGAGCAAAACAGUCACGGCCCUCUUUCGCCUACACUUGAACUACCUGAACGGGCCUCUGCUCGCUUUGAUCUUUUACGAAACGGAGACCAGAGUGUUGCCACUAGAGGCCGCCGUCUACUGGCUGCAGCACGGGCUGAUGUUGAUCGUUCCCUCCUACUUGCUAAGGCUUGGAGGCGUCUACACAGUAGAGCCUGUAAAGACAAUCCAGUGGAACGUCCUGGCCUACAGCCUGCUUGUUGCUUAUCACUUCACUGUCCUACAGGGCGUUUCCCUACUGACCAAUAUCAACAUGAACCAUAUCAUGUGCCCUCUCGAGGCGGACCCUUUCAGAGGCCAACUAUUUCGAACAGCCGUCUUCUUCCACCAGGGCCUGCUCUGUCCUACUGUGUGCAAGGCCUAUGUGCUUUUGGCCAACUAUUUCCUGAUCAAGUUCAACUAAGUGGUUGGAUAAGGAGGAUUUGGCCCGACCAGGCCGCAGAACAACGAGCACGUAAUUAAAUUUAUAUUUCAAAUUGCUAAUAAUAGAAAUACACUUUGUACAUUUUGUUCAACACGUCUACCUAAACAGACAUACAACAAUUAGAGAGCGAAUGAACGACUAAACAGAACAAAACGAAAAAAUCACAGCAAAUGACUAGACGACGAAGAAGGGCAAUAAAUCCGAGCACCAUCCAAA